CGUGCGGUGAACGUUCGGACCUGCUGCAUGAAACAGAGCUGAGAGAGUCAGUAGCGCUCAAGAAAAACGAAGUAUUGCAUAAAAUAACAGGCGUUUUGUUGCCUUUUCAAACUUUGGUGAAAGAAAAUAGUCCUCCGUGAAGCAUUUCGCCGAGAGGGCCGGAAUACAAGAAAAACUCUUCACAAUGACUGAACCUCAAGUGAACCCAAAGGCCUACCCGCUGGCUGACGCCACGCUGACCAAAACCAUCCUGGACCUGGUGCAACAAGCGUCCAACUACAAACAGCUGAGGAAGGGGGCCAAUGAAGCCACGAAAACCCUGAACAGAGGCAUCGCUGAGUUCAUCGUGAUGGCUGCUGAUGCUGAACCACUGGAGAUCAUCCUCCACCUGCCACUGCUCUGCGAGGACAAGAACGUCCCAUACGUGUUUGUCCGCUCCAAGCAGGCCUUGGGUCGGGCCUGUGGGGUGUCGCGCCCCGUCAUCGCUACCUCAGUCACCAUAAAGGAGGGGUCUCAGCUCAAACCACAGAUUCAGUCGGUUCAGAUGGCUAUUGAGAGACUGCUGGUGUGAUUUUUGUUGCACUGCUCUGACAAAAUCUCGUUGAAGAAAGGGGAUUUAAAUAAUUUUGUUUUAUGUUUGAUAUAAAGGAGAAUGUUAUCCAUGACAGAACAAUAUCGAUGUUUUAGUUUCUUUUUUCUUUCUUUUUUUACUUUUUAGGACUGUGGUUCCACUAAACUGUGUCAGAAUACAAUGCCAUCUCCUGCUUCAUAAUAAAAUAAUUUUCUAUUUA